AUGGCCUCUGUCUCUGAGCUUGCCUGCAUACUCAUACCCUAGGAUGAAGAGAUCACUGUCACUGAGGGUAAGAUCAAGGCCCUCAUUCAAGCAGCUGGUGUAAAUGUCCCUUCCUGGUGUGGCUUGUUUGCAAAGACCCUGACUGACGUCAAUAACAGGAGCCUCAUCUGCAAUGUGGGAGCUGGUGGACCUGCCCCAGCAGCAGAUGCUGCACCAGCAGAAGGUCCUGCCCUCUCCACCAUUGCUACUGCAGCUGAGGAGAAGAAAAUGGAAGCAAAGAAAGAAGAAUCUGAGGAGUCUGACAGAGACUUGGGCUUUGGUCCUUUUGACGAAACCCCUUUUGUAAAGUGUUCAGUAAAAAACUGA